AUUAUACCGAAAUUUUUUAACUUGCGAAUCGUUAAAUGAUUCGAAAUAUUAAUCCGUGGGGGGGCUUGUUAAACUAUAUUCCACUAUAAUUCAAUCUGUUUUUUCAGACAAGGGUACCUUGCUGUGAUAAAUACCAUUGCCACAUAAACAAUAGAACCUUUGACCUUUUAUCUGAACAUUACUUGUUACAGAGAUUUAUCUUUCUUAUAGGCAAUAACUCUGGCAGUGCUGCUGUAUUGAAAGUAAAAUGAUUUCUUCGAAAAUAAUUAACAGGCUGUGUAAAAAUGUGCUCAAAAGGGCAUUUGCUACGGAGAAAGGGGAAGUUACGGCACUUUAUGAUUUCCAUGUACAAAAAGGCGGGAAAAUAGUGAAUUUCGGUGGAUUUAUGUUGCCGGUGCAGUAUAGUGAUUUAAGUAUUGUUAAUUCUCACUUGUUCACAAGGAAAAAUGCCUCUUUGUUCGAUGUGUCCCAUAUGUUGCAGACGGAAAUUAAGGGCAAGAAUUGUGUGGAAUACUUCGAAACAAUCUGUACAGCAGACAUUCAAGGAUUAAAGAACAAUUCUGGUACUCUGACAGUAUUUACAAACGAAAAAGGAGGUAUUUUGGAUGACUUGAUUGUAACGAAAAUAUCUGACGACCAGCUUUAUGUCGUUUCUAAUGCUGCCAGAAAAGACCAUGACCAAAAGCAUAUUUUGAAAGGUUUGGAAAACUACAAGAAAACGAAUCCUUCAGCAGAGAUAAACAUAACGUUUCUAGAACCUAAGGAGCGAAGCUUGCUCGCACUGCAAGGCCCUAAAGCUGCGGAAGCACUGCAAAAAUUGACUAGUACUGACCUCUCGACGGUAUAUUUCAUGACAUCAAUAGUGGGGGAUGUCGCAGAUGUUAAAAACUGUCGUAUUACGAGGUGUGGGUAUACAGGAGAAGACGGUUUCGAAAUAUCCAUUCCCGCAGAAGCUUCAGUGAAAGUUGCAAAUGCAUUACUAGGAAAUGAAAAUGUCAAGUUAGCUGGACUUGGAGCUAGAGAUUCUCUAAGAUUAGAAGCUGGAUUAUGCCUGUAUGGAAACGACAUCACGACGGAAACUACACCUGUUGAAGCAGCGCUGACGUGGCUUGUACAGAAAAAAAGGAGGGAACUUAAGAACUUCCCAGGGGCUGACGUUAUUCUACAACAAAUCAAGGAAGGAUCAGCAGUAAAAAGGAUAGGUAUGAUCUCAGAAUCCGGUCCACCAGCCAGACAAGGAGCUGUCAUCUUUUCGGAAGACGAAAAAGAACUAGGAAAAAUAACAUCUGGUUGCCCCUCCCCAAGCAUCGGUAAAAACGUUGCUAUGGGUUACGUCCCUACUACUCACAGCAAAGUUGGAACGAAACUGAAACUACAAAUUAGAAAUAAGUUGUAUGAUGCAGUUGUGUCAAAAAUGCCGUUUGUUCCAUCACAUUAUUAUAGUGCUCCAAAGAAAUAAAUCUGUUACGUGUUUUAAUAUGUAAGCCAAUUUGUCUUUUUAUAGAAAUAAAUGUGGAAAAUAA